GGGAGACUAGUGCCUUGCGGGGUUGGAAAGAAGAGACAAGUGCAAAGCAAAGGAAUCCCGACCCAAGGCAACAGGACUGGGGGUGACUCUGUCGGGUCUCCAAACACCCUGGCGCCUGAGCCUGCCUCGCGGUGCACUGUGCGUACGAGUCCCCUGGCCAUCCCAGCCUCGCCCCGCCCCGCCUCGCCCCACCUCAGCCCCGCCCCCUCCCAGGUUUCCCCGCGCGGCUCCGCCCCGGCCGUGGGGAGGCGUAGCGGCUCCUGGAACCCGGAUGCUUUCCACAAGCUUGCUGGCCCCGCGGAGCCGGCGGAGCAGGAACCUCAGCCCAUCCGAGACCAUGGAUAAGUGCGAUGUGAUUAAGGCCAUCGGGGAAGGUGCCUUCGGGAAAGCAUACUUAGCUAAAGGGAAAUCAGAUAGCAAGCGAUUUCCCUUUGUGUCAUAAAAGAGAUCAGUUUUGAAAAGAUGGAGUGUGCUCUCACACAGGCUGGAGUGCACUGAUGUGAUCUCAGCCCACUGCAACCUCUGCCUCUCAGAUGCCCAUACAAGAAAAAGAAGCUUCAAAGAAAGAAGUCAUUCUUCUGGCCAAGAUGAAACAUCCCAACAUUGUAGCCUUCUUCAAUUCAUUUCAAGAGAAUGGCAGCCUGUUUAUUGUGAUGGAAGAUUGUGAUGGAGGGGAUCUCAUGAAAAGGAUCAGUAUACAACGGGGUGUGUUAUUUAGUGAAGAUCAGAUCCUCGGUUGGCUUGUACAGAUUUCUCUAGGAGUAAAACACAUUCAUGACAGGAAGAUAUUACACAGGGACAUAAAAACUCAGAACAUUUUUCUUAGCAAGAAUGGAAUGGUUGCAAAGCUUGGGGACUUCGGUAUAGCAAGAGUCCUGAAUAAUUCCAUGGAACUUGCUCGAACUUGUGUUGGAACACCUUACUACCUGUCCCCAGAGAUCUGUCAGAAAAAGUCCUACAACAAUAAGACGGAUAUUUGGUCUCUUGGCUGUGUCUUAUAUGAGCUCUGCACACUGAAACAUCCUUUUGAAGUUAGCAACUUACAGCAGCUGGUUCUGAAGAUUUGUCAAGCACAUUUUGCUCCAGUAUCUCCAAGGUUUUCUUAUAACCUACAUUCCUUGAUAUCUCAGCUCUUUAAAAUAUCUCCUCAAGACCGACCAUCCAUAAAUUCCAUUUUGAAAAGGCCCUUUUUAGAGAAUCUGAUUCCCAAAUAUUUGACUCCUGAGGUCAUUCAGGAAAAAUUCAAUCACAUGCUUAUAUGCAGAGCAGGAGCGCCAGCUUCUCAACAUGCUGGGAAGAUGGUCCAGAAGUGCAAAAUACAAAAAGUGAGAUUCCAGGGAAAGUGCCCACCAAGAUCAAGGAUAUCUGUGCCAAUUAAAAGGAAUGCAAUAUUGCAUAGAAAUGAAUGGAGACCACCAGCUGGAGAGCAGAAGCCCAGAUCUGUAAGUCAUUCUAAACACUCCUUUGUGUUUUUUAGCUAUUAAAAAAAAAAAAAAAAUAUAUAUAUAUAUAUAUAUAUAUUUAUAUUUAUUUAUUUUUAUUUUUUAAUUAAGACAGAGUUUUGCUAGGUUACCACCGGCUGGUGUGCAGUGGUGCGAUCUCAGCUCACUGCAACCCCCACUUCCUGGGUUCAAGCGAUUCUUCUGCCCCAGCCUCCUGAGUAGCUGGGACUACAGGCAUGUGCCACCAUGCCCAGCUAAUUUUUGUGUUUUUAGUAGAGAUGGGGUUUCACCAUGUUGGCCAGGAUGAUCUCGAUCUCUUGAUCCACCUGCCUUGGCCUCCAAAGUGCUGGGAUUAUAGGGGUGAGCCAUGGUGCCUGGCUGGUAUAUUCCUUUUCUUUAAUUUUUUAACUUAAAAGUUUGUGGAUACAUAGUAUAUAUAUUUAUGGGGCACAUGAGAUGUUUUGAUUCAGGCAAGCAAUGUGAAAUAAGCACAUCAUGGAGAAUGGAGUAUCUAUCCCUUUGAGUUAUGAACAACCCAGUUAUACUCUUCAAGUUAUUUUAAAAUGUAUAAUUAAGUUAUUAUUGACUAUAGGCCAUCUAUUUUGCUAUCAAACAGUAGGUCUUAUUCAUUCUAAUUUUUUUAACCCAUUAAAGGUAUGGUAUAUUCUGACAGACCUACCUGCAUGUGUUUAUGAGGUACAAGCUUAUUAUUUGGAGUCCACAGAUUUUGUACUUAUUCUGUAAUGAGCAUUAUAAUGGUAUUUUGUUGGACAACUUCUAGAUUUUACAUUUUAUAAAAGCUGUAUGUUCUUACUAGUAUACUUCAGUUUUAAUUUUAUUUUUAUAACUGAAAUUCUAAUUUCUAAUAAAUAAGGUUUUUCUAUAUAGGACACAUGAGUGACAGCAAUAGAAAACAAUCUACACUUAAUUUUCUUAAUUCUAACAUAUAUAGGAUUGGGAAGUUUUUAUGAUAUAAUAAUUGAUAUUUCCCUAGUGAUUCUUUGUGCUUAAUUAUUUGAAUUCAUUUCAGCAGAGUGUUGAAUCUUUUAGGUCAUACUAGUGAAGUGCUUCUGGUAUGUAAAUGAUAAAAUGGCUAUUAUAUUUUAAUUAAAGAAUUGUAUUUUUAAAGAAGGCUCAUGAUAUAAUUAUAGAACCAUUUGGAAGUAUAUUUACUAAGUGUUUACAUGAUACAUUAGAAAAUGUGUUUGUAUAUAAACUUUUUUUAAAAAUCCAUUGUUUAAGUUAUUGCCCUUCAUUUGGUAAAGGGCUUAACUUAUUUAUUUAUUUGAAACAGGGUCUUGCUCUGUCACCCAGGCUAGAGUGCAGUGGCAUGUCUUAGCUCAUUGCAGCCUCGAGGUAUUAGUCUGUUCUCAUACAGGCUAAUAUAAAGAACUACUUGAGACUGGGUACUUAAUAAAGGAAAGAGGUUUAAUUGGCUCACAGUUCUGCAGGCUGUAUGGGACACAUCGCUGGUGAGGCCUCAGGAAACAUAAUCAUGGUGGAAGGGGGAGCAGGCUCAUCUUAAAUCAUCUCUUCCAGAGCAGAAGGAGGAGAGUGAAUGGGGAGGUGCUACACACUUGUAAACAACCAGAUCUCAUGAGACAUUACUCACUGUCAGAAGAACAGCAAGGGGGAAAUCUGCCCCCAUGAUCUAAUCACCUUCCACCAGGCCCCUCCUCCAACUUCGGAGAUUACAAUUCAACAUAAAAUUUGGGUAGGGACACAAAUCCAAACCAUAUCAUUCCACCUCUGGUUUCUCCCAAUUCUCAUGUCCUUCUCACGUUGCAAAACACAAUUAUCCCUUCUUAACAGGCCCCCAAGGCUUAAUAUCAUUUCAGCAUUAACUCAAAAGUCCACAGUUUAAAGUCUCACCUGAGACAAGUCAAGUCCCUUCCACCUAUGAGUCUAUAAAAUAAAAAACAAGUUAGUUACUUCCAAAAUACGAUGGUGGUACAGGCAUUGGGUAAAUUCAUCCAUUACAAAAGGAAGAAAUUAGCCAAAACAAGGGGUUAUUGACCCUAUGCAAAUUCAAAACCUAGCAGGGCAGUCAUUAAAUCUUAAAGCUCCAAAAUAAUCUCUUUUGAUUCCACGUGUUACAUCCAGGGCAUACUGCUGCAAGGAGUGGGGCUCCCGAGGACUUGGGCAGCUCUGCUCCUGAGGCUUUGCAGCUACAGCCCCUGUGGCUGCUCUCACAGGCUGCUGUUGAGUGCCUGUAGCUUUUCCAGGUGCAUGGUGCAAGCUGUCAUUCAAUCUACCAAUUUGGAGUCUGGAAAAUGGUGGCCCUCUUUUCACAGCUCCACUAGGCAGUGCCCCAGUGGGGACCUGUGUGGAGACUCCAAUGCCACAUUUCCCCUCUGCACUGCCCUAGUAGCAGGUCCCCCUGCAACAGGCUUCUGCCUGGACCUCUAGGCUUUUCCAUACAUCUUCUGAAAUCUUGGUGGAGGCUCCCACGCCUCAACUCUUGCACACUGUGCACCUGCAUACUUAACACCAUGUGGAAGCCACCAAGGAUUAUGGCUUGCACCCUCUAAAGCAGUGGCCUCAGCUGUACCUUGGGCCCUUUUAACCAUGUUUGGAGCUAGAGCAGCCACAAUGCAGGAGACCACAUCCUGCGGCUGCACAGAGUAGUGGGGAACCUGGGUCUGGUCCUCAUAGCCAUUCUUCCUUCCUAGGCCCCCAGGCCUAUAAUGAGAGAGGCUGCCUCAAAGUUGUCUGAAAUGCCUUCAAGUCAUUUCCCCCAUUAUCUUGGCUAGCAACAUUUGAUUUUUCUUUAUUUUUGAGAAUUUCUGCAGCUCGUUCAAAUUCCUCCCCACAAAAUGGGUUUUUGUUUCCAAGCUGCAAACUUUCCUAACUUUUACAUUCUGCUUCUUUUUAAAAUAUGUUCCAGUUUUAUGUCAUUUAUUUGCUCACAAAUAUGACCACAGGCUGCUAAAGCAGCCAGGCCACGUCUUGAACACUUUGCUGCUUAGAAAUUUCUUCUGCCAGAUACCCUAAAUUAUCACUCUCAAGUUCAAACUUCCACAGAUCCCUUGGGUAGUGAUACAAUGCCUCCAACCUCUUUGCUAAUGCAUAAGAAAAGUGCCCUUUGCUCCAUUUCCCAUUAAGUUCCUCAUCUCCAUCUGAGACGUCCUUAGCCUGGACUUCAUUGACUAUAUCACUGUCAGCAUUUUGGUCACUACAAUUUUAACAAGUCUCUAGGACAUUUCAAACUUUCCAUCAUCUUCAUGUCUUCUUCUGAGCCCUCCACACCCUUCUAACCUCUGCCCAUUACCCAGUUCCAAAGUCACUUCCACAUUUUCAGGUAUAUUUAUACAAUACCCCACUCCUGGUGCCAAUGUACUAUGGUAGUCCAUUCUCAUACUGAUAUAAAGAACUACCUGAGACUGGGUAAUUUAUAAAGACAAGAGGUUUAAUUGGCUCACAGUUCUGCAGGCUGUACCAGAAGCAUGGUUGGGGAGGCCUCAGGAAAUUUACAAUCCUGGCAGAUGCGGAAGCAGGCUCAUCUUACAUUCAGGAGGUAAAGAAUGAAGGGGUAGCUGUCACACACUUUUGAACAACCAGAUCUCAUGAGAACUCACUCACUAUCACAAGAAGAGCAAGGGGGAAUUCUGCCCCCAUGAUCCAUUCACCAGGCCUCUCCUUCAACAUUGGGGAUUACAAUUAAACAUGAGAUUGGGCAGGAACACAAAUGCAAACCGUAUCACUCGGCCUCCCAGGCUCAAGUGAUCCUCCCGCUCAGGCUCCUGAAUAGCUAUAAUACUACAGGUGUGUGCCAUGAUGCCCAGCUGGUUUCUAUUUUUUGUAGAGUCAGGGUCUCACUGUGUUGUUCUGAUUGCCAUAGCUAUAGAUUGGUUUGCCUGCCUUUUAACUUCACAUAGAUAGAAUCAUAUCAUGGCCGGGUGCAGUCGCUCACACCUGUAAUCCCAGCAUUUUGCUAGGCCAAGGUGGACAGAUCACAAAGUCAAGAGUUCAAGACCAUCCUGGCCAACAUAAUGAAACCCCAUUUCUACUAAAAAUGCAAAAAUUAGCUGGGCGUGGUGAUGGGCACCUGUAAUCCCAGCUACUUGGGAGGCUGAGGCAGGAGAAUCAUUUGAACUUGGGAGGUGGAGGUUGCAGAGCUGAAAUGGUGCCAUUGCACUCCAGUCUGGGUGACAGGGAAAGACUCCAUCUCAAAAAACAAAAUAAUAAUCAUAAAAAAAGAAUCAUACUGUAAGCACUUUUCUGUUAAUAUAUCUGGCUUCUUUGGUUCAAUAUAUUACAUUGGAGGCUCACGAGGUUGCAUGUAUUCGAGGUUCUCUUUUUUUGUUGUUAAUUAAUAAUGCAUUGUACAAAUAUAGCACAUUUUGUUUAUUCUUCUGCUGAUGGAAUUUGGGUCGUUUACAACCUGGGGAUAUUCAGAAUAAAGCCCUAUGAAUAUUUAA